GAUCAUGGAGCAGUUCAACCCCAGCCUCAGGAAUUUCAUUUCUAUGGGGAAGACCUAUGAAAAAGCCUUAGCAAGCAUGACAUAUGCAGCAAAAGGGUACUUUGAUGCUCUGGUGAAGAUGGGAGAGUUGGCCAGUGAAAGCCAAGGAUCAAAAGAAUUGGGGGAUGUGCUCUUCCAGAUGGCAGAGGUGCACAGGCAGAUCCAGAACCAGCUGGAGGAGAUGCUGAAGUCCUUCCACAACGAGCUCCUGACUCAGCUGGAGCAGAAGGUGGAGCUGGACUCCCGGUACCUGAGUGCUGCGCUGAAGAAAUACCAGACAGAGCAGAGGAGCAAGGGGGACUCCCUGGACAAGUGCCAGGCAGAGCUAAAGAAACUUCGCAAGAAGAGCCAGGGCAGCAAGAACCCACAGAAAUAUUCGGACAAGGAGCUGCAGUACAUCGAAGCCAUCAGCAACAAGCAAGGGGAGCUGGAAAAUUACGUCUCCGAUGGUUACAAGACGGCUCUGACAGAAGAGAGGAGAAGGUUCUGCUUCCUGGUAGAGAAACAGUGUGCGGUGGCCAAGAGUGCCAUCACCUACCACGCCAAGGGGAAGGAGAUGCUGACGCAGAAGCUGCCGCUGUGGCAGCAAUCCUGCUCGGAUCCCAACAAGAUCCCGGACCGCGCCAUCCAGCUGAUGCAGCAGAUGGCUGCCAGCAGCAAUGGCACCAUUAUGCCCAGCCCUCUGUCCACAUCCAAGUCCAACCUCAUCAUCUCUGACCCCAUCCCUGGUGCCAAACCUCUCCCUGUCCCCCCGGAGCUGGCACCUUUUGUAGGACGCAUGUCAGCACAGGAGGCCAUGCCAGUGAUGAACGGAGUCUCGGGCUCUGACAGCGACGGGUACAACCACUGGUCUGAGAUGAAGCCAGCACAGCCCAAAUCUUUAUCUCCUCCCCAGCCUCAGAAGCAGCUGAGCGACUCUUACUCCAAUACACUUCCAGUUCGCAAAAACGUGGCACCGAAAAACAGCUACGCCUCAGCUGAAAACAAGACACUGCCACGCUCCAGCUCCAUGGCUGCCGGGCUCGAGAGGAACGGGCGGACGAGGGUGCAGGCGAUUUUCUCACACGCUGCUGGGGAUAACAGCACCCUCCUGAGCUUCAAGGAGGGGGACCUCAUCACACUGCUGGUGCCCGAGGCCCGGGAUGGCUGGCACUACGGAGAGAGCGAGAAAACCAAAAUGAGGGGCUGGUUUCCUUUCUCCUACACACGGGUCCUUGACAAUGAUGGCAGCGAGCGGGUCCACACCAGCCUGCAGCAAGGGAAGAGCAGCAGCACUGGCAACCUCCUGGACAAGGAUGACAUUUCCAUCCCACCACCGGACUAUGGCAUGGCCUCCCAGGCCUUCCCAGCACAGGGCACCAACACCUUCAAGCAGCGACCCUACAGCGUGGCCGUGCCCGCCUUCUCCCAGGGCCUCGAUGACUACGGGACGAGGUCUGUCAGCAGCGGCAGUGGCAGUUUGGUAUCUACGGUGUGAGGACACCUGGGCUCGCAGCGGCCCCUUGCUGCUUGGAAGAGCUUUCUGCUUCUUUCCCUCCCCCUUUUUUUCCCCCUUCCCUUUCGUUUCUCUUUCUCUACUUCUUUUGGAUUUGAAACUCUUGUGAUCUUC